AUGAUUGAAAAAAUCGCAGAGCUUACCACCACCAACAUCAAUCACCCACUAUCAUAUGUAUCAACGAACCCAUUCGUCAUAUAUCGCAAGGUGAUCGACACAUUAAAUAAUAUUGAUUAUCGAUUUGAAUCUACCCGUUUAAAAAGCUUCAAAAACUGGCCGCACAUAUGGACAAAAUCGACACAGUUUGCGGCGGCUGGAUUUUAUUACACUGGAGAAAGCGAUACUGUAAAAUGUUUCGAAUGUGAUAUAGAAAUACAUACAUGGCUAUUGCAGCACGACCCGAUGCUUGAACAUAUACGGUGGUCUAAAACAUGCAGUUUCGUUCGUAAUUACCGAUGUGGUAAUGUACCAAUCGGUGCAGAGUCCGAUAAGAUUUCAUCCUUUAUGCGUGAAGAAUAUGAUACGUGUGAAUUUUGUGAGGCCAAUAUGAUGAUAUCCCUGCAAUUAGAAAAAAAUAUCUUUGAAAAUAUAAAUGCAAAAAAAACUGAGAAAAUUAGCUCAAAUCUUAGUGCGAUAAUACCGAAAUAUCCCGAAUAUGCCAGCUAUGAUGCCAGAUUGCGUACAUAUGAAAUGUCGCCUAAAAUAUUGUCACAAACUAAAGAGGAAUUUGCAGCCGCUGGUUUAUUCUACGCAGGAAAUGAUGAUCAAACAUUGUGCUAUCAUUGCGGAGGAGAAUUGAAAUUUUGGAAGCUAGAAGAUGAUCCUUGGGAGCAUCAUGCCAAAUGGUUUAAUCAUUGUCCUUACUUGCAUAUGGUCAAAGGAACGGAUUAUAUAAACAGGGUCAUUAAGAAAAUAUAUUCCGAACCGGAUACCAGGAACAUAUGGGAACCAUCAAUCGAGCAAGAUGCAAAAUUUCCUCCUAGUGAGCUCUCUCCUCACGAAGGUUUUCAGGACUUGACCAGUUUUAAAUCAAUCUAUGGAACGGUGCCAUUUUCUACAUACAUUAUUGGAACGAAACUAUCUGAACCGGAUAUCACGGAACCACCAAUCGCGCAAGAUGCAGAAUGUCCUUUUAAUGACCUCUUUGCUCACGAAAGCUUUCAGGACUUGAUUAGUUUUGAAGAUGAAUUAAUCAACGAAGGGGUGCCUACAUACAUUACACCGAAACUAUCUGAACCGGAUAUCACGGAACCACCAAUCGCACAAGAAUUGAAAGAUGCUUUUGAUGACCCCUUAGCUCACGAAAACUUUCAGGACUUGACCAGCUCUGAAAACGAAUCAACCGGAUGGGUGCCAUUAUCUACACAUAUUAAAAUUGAACUAUCUGAACCGGAUACCAGGAACAUAUUGGAACCAUCAAUCGAGCAAGAUGCAAAAUGUCCUCUUAGUAAGCUCUUUGCUCACGAAUGUUAUCAGGACUUGCCCAGUUUUAAAUCAAUCUACGGAACGGUGCCAUUUUCUACAUACGUUGUUGGAAUGAAACUAUCUGAACCGGAUAUCACGGAACUAUCAAUCGCGCAAGAACUGGAAGAUGUUUGUGAUGAUCUCUUAGAUCACAAAAGCUCUCAGGAUUUGAUCAGUUUUGAAGAUGAAUCAACCGACGACAAAUAGGUGCCAUUAUCUUACAUACAUUAGAACGGAACAAAUUAGAAACGAAAUGGGCUUGCAAUGAAAACUUACUACGAAUGGCAUAUCGCUUUAUACCACAUGAGUACUCUUCGGUACACUUCAAAGUGUAAAAGGAACAUGAGAAUAUGCACACGGUAUCAUCAUUAACUAUAUUAGUAUAUAAUUCAUCGCUCAUAUCCAUGUAAUAAAUUAUCUGUAUGAGUUCUAUUAUAGUAUGGGUUAUGCAUUAUCAUAGAAGAUUAUCGGCAGCUAAUAUUUGAAGAAAAAUGACAUAAUUUAUGUUAAUUCAAUUUUAAUACGUAUAUAUAUUGAUCUACAGGUUUUAUAGUAUGUAAUGUUGAUAGCUAUUCUUUUGUUAAGGAAUGAAGCUUUAAUUGUCUAGAAGUUUAGAUUGAUAGAAAGAAUCAAUAGUGAUCAUUAGAAUAAUAGAAUAUGAUUGUUUCUAUAUUUUUUAUAUUUGAAUAUAUAUGAAUAAUAUAAUCAAUAUUGCAAAUAUUAUCAUUAAUUAAAUGAAACACAUGUGCCAUAUCAUAGAUCUGACUAUAAUUGCAAUGGGACAUUGCUAUAUGUUUGAUAGUUUCGAUAUUAUAUGUCCGAUAUACAAUAUACAAUGUUAGCUAAAAAAAACGAAGUGUAGCAGAGUAAAACAUCGCACCAUUUUAAAUAAAUACGAGCGACACAAAAGUCUAAUCAUUAGUAUGUAAUUAUAAGCACAUAUAUAUAGACAUAAAUCUCAGGUACCUGCAGAAAAUAUCGAAUUUGUGAUCUCAGACGUAAAGAUAAGAAUAGAGAGUUUUUCAAUAUAAUCUGUAUGCUAGGAGAAGAGAAAGAGAGAGAAAAGCUAAACCUUAAAUGUUUGGCGCGUGAAUACUCAUAUAAAUAUAUGUAUGUUGAGUAUUUUGUGCAAUAACGGUUAAACAUUUCGAUGAACAUGUGUGUAUGUAAGUUAUAUAUAUUUGUUUCAAAAUAUAUGUAAUUAAUGCAAUAAAUAUGUGUAAUGGCGAUAUUUUAGAAUAUAUAGGUAUACAAGUUACAAACUUUAAUAAUUUUGUACAAU